GCGGCCGCCGACCGGCUUGUGUCCCGGCCCGGCCUCCCCAGCCUGCUCGCCGCCGGCCCACCGCCGCCCGCGCCUCCUCCUUCCCCCCAGCGGAGGCCCGACAGAGCCCCUGCGGAGCCGACACACCGCCGCCGGGCAGGGGCGGGCGCCGAGGGCGGGCGCGGGGUUCGCCUUCGCCCUUGGCCUCGCCCCCGCCCCGCCCCUGAGAGGCUGCCAAUCAGUGGAGCGAGAAAGCGGAUUGGCCAAGGGAAGGCUGUUGCCCGGGAGCCGACGCCCCGCCCCUCCGCCCCCUUGCCCGCCCCCUCUACUCCCCCGCCCUCCCCAGGGCCCUGGGAAGGGGCGCAGCGUGGGAAAGGGAUGGUUGAGUUUUAACCGGAGGCAGAGAGUGAGCCGGACCAGUGUGUGCGGAGCGCGAGCAGCCGAGCGCGGAGAGGGGCCGCUGCAGUUAACUCCUCCCUGCCCGCCGCGCCGACCCUCCCCCGGAUCCCCCGCGUAGCCAGCAUGAAGCGAGCCCACCCCGAGUACAGCUCCUCCGAUAGCGAGCUGGACGAGACCAUCGAGGUGGAAAAGGAGAGUGCGGAUGAGAAUGGGAACUUGAGUUCGGCUCUAGGUUCCAUGUCCCCAACUACAUCUUCACAGAUCUUGGCCAGGAAAAGACGGAGAGGCAUCAUUGAGAAGCGCCGACGAGAUCGGAUCAAUAACAGUUUGUCUGAGCUGAGGAGGCUGGUACCCAGUGCUUUUGAGAAGCAGGGAUCUGCCAAGCUAGAAAAAGCCGAGAUCCUGCAGAUGACGGUGGAUCACCUGAAAAUGCUGCACACUGCAGGAGGGAAAGGCUAUUUUGACGCGCACGCCCUUGCUAUGGACUAUAGGAGUUUGGGGUUUCGGGAAUGCCUGGCAGAAGUCGCCCGUUACCUGAGCAUCAUUGAAGGACUAGAUGCCACGGACCCGCUUCGAGUUCGACUGGUCUCGCAUCUGAACAACUAUGCCUCCCAGCGGGAAGCGGCAAGCGGCGCUCACGCAGGCCUUGGACACAUUCCCUGGGGGAGUGCUUUCGGACAUCACCCGCACGUCGCGCACCCCCUGUUGCUGCCCCAGAAUGGCCACGGGAACACUGGCACCACGGCCUCGCCCACGGAACCCCACCACCAGGGCAGGUUGGCCACGGCACAUCCGGAGGCGUCGGCUUUGCGGGCGCCCCCUAGCGGCAGCCUUGGACCGGUGCUCCCCGUGGUCACCUCCGCCUCCAAACUCUCGCCGCCUCUGCUCUCCUCGGUGGCCUCCCUGUCGGCCUUCCCCUUCUCUUUUGGCUCCUUCCACUUACUCUCUCCCAAUGCACUGAGCCCUUCGGCACCCACGCAGGCAGCAAACCUUGGCAAACCCUAUAGACCUUGGGGGACGGAGAUUGGAGCUUUUUAAAGAACUGAUGCUGUAGAAUGAGGGAAGGGAAAGCUUAAAAUCCCAGCUGAGCUGGGCUGUUGCCAACAUCACCUUAAAGUCAUCAGUAAAAUAAAAAGGAAGAAGGUACACUUUCAGAUAAAUUUUGUUGAAAGACGAAAGGUUUGUUGGUUCACUUUUUCUUUUUUAAUGUUUUUUUUUAUCAUGUCAUGUAUUAGCAGUUUUUAAAAACUAGUUGUUAAAUUUUGUUCCAGACAUUAAAUUGAAAUAGUGAAUAUAAACCAACAAAUUGGUGAUAGGUUUGGACUGUGCCUAAUUUACUUUGUAAACCUAUCUGUCUAAGAAUGAUUCCAUUUUGUCUCAAAGUUUUGGGAAUUUUAACAUUUAGUAUUUUGGGUCUGUUUUUCUCCUUGUAUACAGUCUCUUUUUAGAAUUAAUUUUCCAAACCACUAUGCUCAAUGUUAACAUGAUGCUAUUUGUUGAUAUUUUGACAAUUAAGGUGUUGUAUAAAUGAUAUUCUUUUUUGGGGGGGCUAUAUUGAAUUUUAUAUUUCUGAAUAAAGCGUUGACAAAUCAGAUGAUCAGCUUUAUCCAAGAAAGAAGACUAGCUAAUUCUCUGCUUCCUGCAGCAGUAGGGUGAACGUACAAACCAUCAGGGCCCCUGAAUCUGAAUGACCAAUUGCUGUCGUCUACCAGGACUCACAGUUCUGGCUUGGUUAGGAGAGGUCCCUGUUUGGAGUUGGCAGGGAAGAGACAGAAGAUGAUUGCGUAGAAUAUGUCUGCAUUUACCAGCCCCAAGCAAUGCAAUGAAUUUUUAAUUUCACAGAUCUCAAGUUCACAAAUGUUAACAUGGAUAAGUGAUCAUGGUGUGCAAGUGGUCAAUGGAAUAGUCCAGUGGAACCUGUUAAAUGUAUAACCUAAUUCUUCCUGGAGCUGCCAUGUUUUCUUUUCACUGGAAAUUUUUAUGUUGUGUUUUCCUUUUUGGUGCAUGGAAAUGUGGUUAUUGAGAUACUUAAAAGGGCUUUGCUGCCUUCUAUUUGGUUUAAUUUGAUUUGGGCUAUUAAAGCAUCAUUUUACAGGUUUAUUCCUUUAGCAGGUGUAGUUUAAACAACCUCCACUGAACUGGGUUUGACCUCUGUUGUACUGAUGUGUUGUGACUAAAUAAAA